AUGGACGCGGGACGUGGUGGUGGCGGAAGAGGCCGCGGCGGUAGAGGAGGCAGAGGCAGAGGAAGAGGAGGAGGGCGUGGAAACAGCUCCGAUCGAGGUGGUGGUCGUGGCGGUCGUGGUGGCCGUGGGAGGGGCGGCGGGCGCGGAGCAGGGAGAGGUGGAGGGCGGGGGCGUGGCAGUAGUGGGCGCUCCAACGGUGCUGACCCCAAGGAUGAAAACACGAAGCCUGACUCUUCCGAUGGUGGAGACGGCAAGCGAAAGUGGUCCUCCGACAGCAAGGGAGCUGGCGGUAGAGGAAGGGGCCGCGGGCGUGGUGGGGGAAAGGCGAGCGGCGGGAGAGGGAACAGCGACGACAAAGGGGGUGGUGGCGGUGGAGAGGAAGAUAAGGGGCCAGCGAACAAGAAGCGGAAGCUCAAACUCGAACGGCAGCAGCAACGCCCUCAGUUCAACACCGUGAAGAGGUCGAAGGAAAUAUGGAACAAGCUAAGGGAGCGCAAGGUGCCCCCCGAAGAGCGAGCGAAGCUUGUGCAAGAGCUGCUGCAACUGAUCAAGGGGAAGGUGAUGGACAUCGCGCUCAAGCACGACGCCAGCAGGGUGGUGCAGACCGCGCUGCAGUUCGGGAACCAAGAGGAGCGCCUGUCCAUCCUCACGGAGAUCGAGGGGCACAUCGCCCAGCUGUCGCAGCUGACGUACGCGCACUUCAUCGUCCUGCGCCUGUUCAAGGAGAUCAAGGGCGCCGAGGAGCAAAAGCGCGUUGCCAAGACCUUCAGGGGGCAGACGGUGAAGCUGGCGACCCACGCGAUCGGCGCGAGGGUGGUGCAGACGGCGCUCGACUCGCUCCCCGUGGCUUCGGCCGCGCUCAUCAAGUCGGAGUUCUACGGCAAGGAGUACGCCUUGUUCACCGACGACAACCAGCCCCACAGUCUCAAGGCGGUUCUCAAGGCCAGGCCUGACAGGCGUGCUGUCGUGAUGGCCCACGUGAACGGGGUGAUCACAAAGCUGCUGUCCAAGGGCCUCAUGAAGUUCGAGUUCGCCCAUGACCUGCUCUGGGAGUACAUGCAAGAGGCCACGCCUGUGCAGAUGCAGGAGCUUGUGCCGCAGCUGGUGGACUCGUACAUGCUCCUCCUGUCCACCCGCCCCGGGUCGAUGGCGGCGGCGAUGUGCGCGGCGCAUGGGGGCGCCAAGGAGCGCAAGAGGAUGAUGCGCGCCCUCAAGGGGUACGUCGCCGCCUCGCUCACGCACAGCGAUGUUGUGAAACAAGCCGAUCACUUGGUCGCGCCCAAGACUACCGCCGCCGGCAACAUCGUCCCCAAAGCAGGAAAGGGCACCAGCGCGGAGGAGUGGGUCCCCCGGGGCACUACGGCCCCGAAGGGAAACCCCGAGCGAGGCGUUGCUGCUGCGGGAGAUGGUGUUACGGGCAUGGAUGUAGAGGGAGAGGAGAAGGAGGACGAAGAGGAUGAGGACGAAGAUGAUGAGGACGACGAAGAGAAGAAGAAAGAGAAGGAGGAGGAGGGAGAUGCGAUGGAGGAGGAAGAGGCUGCUGCGGCCGCCCCUCCCGGGCUCCCGCUGGUAUACGUGAUGGGCCACACGAACGGGUGCAAGCUACUGCUGAGGCUGCUCGCGCCGGACCGCACCGGGUAUGCUUUUUUCAGGUACCUUCACCCCGAAGAGCUCGAGCUCCUCAAGCCCACCAUGGUUCCCUCACCCGCUGCCGCAAAAGCAGCAGCGGCCACCACCGGGGACGACGAUGACGAGGAGGACACCAAGGCAGGGGGGCAGGGGACAGAAGUUCCCCUCGUCCCCUCCUCGAGGAAGGAGGCGUCGGUCAGGAGGAGGGAGCUGCUGGCCUACCUGAGGGAGCCGCUCAGGGAGGCGUGUGCGACUUACGCGCCGAUGCUCAUGAGGUCCAAGUGCGCCGGGUCGGUGGUUCUGCUCGAGGCAAUACGGGCCAUAGGAACCCCCGAGAUUGUCGCCGCCGUGGUGGAGGCUGCGUGCGCCAAGUCGCACGUAGGGAAGCUGCCCAUGCAUGAGGACCCUUCGGCCCACCUCUUCAUGAAGCAGCUCCUCGAACGGGAGGCCGAAGCCCAGAAGGCAAAAGGCGGAGCAGAUUCUGCUGCUGCCACGUCGGACACCCCUUCGUUCGCGGACGCCCUUCUCGAGAAGGCAGGCGGGCAGCUGUCCUCCUGGAGUUCGACGAACCGAGGCGGUUUUGUGGUGACCGCUCUUGCGGAGGUGCCUAGCACGGGCGCCGCGGUGCGGGAGGAGCUCGGGACGAAGACGGCCCGGGCGCGGCUGGUGAAGGAAGCGACGGAAGGCAACAACAUGGGAACCAAGGUCUUGGCUGAGCGGCUCGGUUUCGGAGAUUUCGGCGCGCGAAAGAAGCCGCAGCCAAGAAGCGCAGGCGAAACAGGAAAGAAGACGCGUUAAGUUCAGGGAGGAUAGGAAUCGCGUGAACUCCAAAGCCGUAGGCGAUCAGUAAAUGAAUAGUAGUAAGUCUUAGGAGGAGCACUGGAAUCGCGUGGACUCGUCCCAGGUGGCGGAGACGGGCAGUUACUUGGGCGGGGUUGUGGUGCACGUGUGUCGGGGGGGCGGGGGUGUUACUCGUGCUGCCUUCACGCAACGCGGGCGGUCAUGGUCUUCCCAAAAGCGCGUACUAGGGCUGAUCGACGAACGCCUGAAUCUCCUGAGUGCGGUUGCGACAACGGGAGUAAGAACGCCUGUGAUUUGCCCGACCGCUUUCAGCUCACAUGGGGCUGGGUUUGGCCUUUUGUUCAGUGUCGUUUUUAUAUGUUGUUUCUUAACGUGAUGCGGUCCUAACGUAGGGGGAGAGUCCCCUCGUGGAAGUUCUUGCGGAGGGCUCAUAGGCGCAGGGCCACUGAGGGACGGGGGUAUUUGGUUUUGAGUGACGAAGCGGCAGGAGGUUCUGUUGGUUCUGAUGGGUUCGUGAGUCGGGUUCCGAGCAAGAACCAAGAGCGCGAAAUAUAGGGGUAUGCAUGCCAGUAUUGUGCGGGCAAUAUCUACUUUCUCUGUUUCGCUUGGUUUACGUGUAGGGAUGGUUGCGUUUUUUCGGAUGAGAGAGCAACCGUGUGGCCUCCCGAUCGUUUUGCUCCAGACGUACGUUUUAAGAGGUUUGUGACUGAUGCUACGGUAGGGGAGUGCACUGUCGUGCCGAAAUCUUGCACUUUUGGGAGAAAUCGUGCAGCCCUAUUUCGGUGAUCGUACGGCGAGUUUAGGACGUGGCCAAUAGGUUUACGUAGGUGUGUCUUUCUACCCGAAAUGAUAAUAUUACGUGACCCGCCUACCGUAGCACCACUCUGUAUUGGCAAUCUUCGUCAGCCUUAUGGAUGCCUGGCAUAACGGCCAGGUCUACUGUUAAGUGGGUUGUGUACGUCGCUUUCUGGGCGGCAUCUAGAAGCAGGCUGUAGGUGGGCCACAUCAGCCGGGUCAUCAUUUUCCGCGGACCCCUUAUGUUUUGCUCUGAAUGCCGGUCUCAAUACCAAUCGUUACCAUUU